ACUGUGUCAUUCUAUUUUCUCUCUUUUUAGUUUUUGUACCAAGGACAUUACUUUCCAGUCAAGUUCUGAGCACCUGGAAGGUGUACUUCAAUGUCUAUCGACGAGGGUAUUGUUCGCUACCCAUGCACAGAGCAACUGGUUCCAUAUAUGAGAGAAUGGCCUGAGACAGAGAGGGCACGCCACUUGGCGCAUGGGGCUGCACUGAAGUGGGCAUCUGGGAUGUUCUGUCAGCCAGCAAAUUUAGAGUGUCUUGGUCAGUACAAAAAGCGGGAGAGUCAGCGAACAGCCUUCAUAUACACCAGACUUAAGUCCAUGGUAGACGCGUAUAUAGAUGGAGUUGGCUGGGGUGUUGAGAAGCUCCAUGAGGCCAGGGCUGAACUCCAUAAGGGCACACGUCUUCUAAGGAAAGCAGAACAGAACAGCAGCUGGAAUACGGAUGUGACACAGUCUUUAGAGAAGCUCAGGGAGGUGUCUGUGAGGCACUCUCAGCUCUUAGCAGCUGUUGACAAUCUUCCCCGCCUGUACUCAGUGCAUAGUAUGGUAUUGGAGACAGAGCGUCUGGUGGAGUCUCGCAGGCUUUUGGAGGCUCAUGCCCGUUUGAUGGAGCUGGAGCGCUGGCAGGAUGACAUCUUAUGGCAGCUCCAUGGGAAAGUCACGAAUGCUGAGGACAAAGAGCUCGUAGCUAAAUACUUCUGCGGAGUAGGGCAGCUUGUGGAUGCCUUAGGUAGAGAGAUAUGGGCUGUGAUUAGCAGCGCUCUCACUUUAGCCUUGCAGAACCCUACUCCAUUUGUGUCAGCAGUGAGAAUAGUGGAGCGAGAGGAGGCCUUGGACCAGGCCCUGCUAAAGGAGAGGGGAAGGAUGGGUGGCCGCCCACUACCCCCUGGCCGACCACGCUGUUGGAGAGCCUGUUUCUUUGAGGUUCUGAAGGAAGCCGUUUCGGCACGCUUCCGUAAUGUUUCCUACCUUCACACCCGAGGUCCUGGUCUGGCUGGUCAUCUGUCUGCCAUCCAACACGGCAUCAUGUCUGAUAUAGCCACAGUGACCCACCUGCUGGAACACUGUGUGCCACAACAUUAUUGCUUAACCGCAGCUUACUUAAGGGCCAGCCAUCGUUGUUUGCAUUCUCAUCUGGCACAGGUAAUUAGUUGGGACUUGGAAAGUGGGGAAAUUUUUGCUGUACUCUAUUGGGUGCUGCACACUUAUCCCAGCACUGAAAUGAUGGGUCACCCCGAGCUGGCGUCUCUGACAAACCAAAACAAUUUGGGUGCACUCAUUUCUGCAGAAGGACUGGAAGAGCUGCUGAACAAAUACGUGAGCAGUGUCCGUACAAGUGUUUCUGAAUGGAUGCACAAAGCGAUACAGGUGGAGCUACAAGACUGGCAGAGGGAGCAGGAGCCAGAGACAGAUCAUGAGGGAUUUUACCACACCAGUCUGCCAACAAUAAUAACACAGAUGCUGGAAGAAAACUCCAGAGUUGCCUUGAUGAUUGGGCCCUCUUUACAAGAGCGGAUCAUUCAAAUGGGGCUGCAUGAGAUUGAGGUCCUUCUAAACAGAUUUCGGGAAGCUUUAGUGGAAGUUGGAAAGGAACACCGGAAAGGCCAGAACAAUAAUAUGUUCUAUCUUCAUUACUUGCUGGCCUCUAUCAGCAAUUUCAUUAUUCUCAAAAAAUCUAUUGAGAACUUUCAACACCAGCUGUCAACACCGGCAGCAUGCCAGUUCAGCCGCACCCCUCCAAAUCCCCUCACAGCUCUGGAUCGCACUGUGAGGAGAGCCUGCUGCCUGGUCCUGGAGCAGCUCAAGCAUCACCUCCAGCCCUGGAUUGGAGACAUGUUGACCCGCGGCUGGCUCCUCCAUGGAGACCCUGGCCCCAAGUUGUGUGCAGCUCUGGAACAGCAUGUGGAGCUCUAUGGACAUGUACGCCCUCCCUGUGGACAGUGGCUCCAGGAGGAGGCACGCUGGCUGCUGGUGGGGGAGUAUGUCCGGACUUUGCUGCAAAAAAGGCUGGUGUGUCACAGCGCUGAGGACAGGAGACAGCUGGCUGAGCAGAUGCUCCGUGAUGAGCAGAACUUCAGAGAAAUCUUCCACGCACUGGACGGGGAUGCCUCAAACAAUCCCCUGGCCCUCAUUCCAAUCCUAGCUGACUUCUUCCGACUCAGAGACCCUGGAUUGCUUGCCCUGGAUGUAUCUGGACUUGCAGCGAAAUACCCCGAUAUUAGUGUGGACCAUGUCGCCGUGCUGCUGGACAUUCGUGGAGACAUCUCACGAGACAUCAGGGUCACCUUGAGAGAUUUGCUGGAGCAGAACUUCCAUCCUCUGCCAGUGGGAUACAGGCCCAUAUUCACAGAUAUACUGGUGCCACAAUCUAACCGGACUUUUUGCCUGCCCACCACCAAAUGUGCCUGACUGUUUGCUUCGCAUUUGGGUCAAGACAGAAUCUGCAUGUAAAUUAAAUAAAUAAAUACAUAAAUUUUGGAUAUAGUGGGAAACCUACUUGGACUGUUUUAAAGGUUGAUGCAUGACCCUUUAAAAUCCUGUCAUCAGAAUGUUCGCAAUGGAGAAAAGUAGAGGCAAAGUGAAGCGGACAUAAUAUAUUUUCAAUGAUUAACUGAUAAACUGAUCUAAAUAGAAAAAUUAAACAGCAACUUUGAAUUUCCAAGGUACAAAUAUUAGUUAAUUUGCUUUUCUUUUAAAAAGGUGGACCUCACCAUUUUUCAUAAUCUCUUAAAUUUACAAACUAUAUAAAACACAACUGUAAAUGUUUUUAAACCAGGCUCUGAGAUCACUGACAUGUAUCUGAUUGUUUUUCAUUUGCCAAAUUUCCCUUGAUUUUUCAUAUUUUGUGACGAAGAUGAUGACGACAAUCAUUAUUAUUAUUAUUAUUAUUAUUAUUUUGAAGUUAAUCCUGGUUUCUCAUUGAUAUCACAUUAUGUUAAACUUCAGUUUUGCCUCUAGUGCCUCCAUUUUGGAAUUGAAAAUAUUUUUGUGUACAAAUUUUAAAGGGUUUCUAAUAAAGGUUCAGGAACAGGUUGUGUCUAUGGUUAGGGUUUAGUAAAGUGGCACAUAGAAAGUUCCACAGUGAAUUUUUAAACCUAACCAGAUAACACUCCCAGGCCCAAUUUUGAUUCAAAUCUUUCAAGAGGCUAAUGUGUCUAUACAUAAAAGCAUACAUUUUAGGCAUUUUUAAAGCCCUACCCUUUUUUAACAAAAAAGUUUUAUUUUUAUUAAAUUUUUUUCCCCCAUAAUGUUUAUUGCACUAAAAAGCAACUCUGACUCUUACCUGGCCUGGAGGAGUGUUUCCUCCUGCUUGUUUCUAUGGAAAUAGAUGUUACUUAACUCUGCUUUUAUGAAUUCUUCUAC